AUGGCCUUACGCUGUCUUUGCCUUCUUCAUCCAGCGAGAGUACUACCUCUUGUCCGUGUUAUCAGCACGACACAAACCAUGGGACGAGGAUUUAAACAAGGUCGUGGUUCCGGCGAUUCUGGGAAGUCUAGCCUGUUCAACAACGAGCGUCGUUGGAAGGAUGAUGAUGCGUUCCAGGCCUUGGGUAACACAGAUGAGCUCUCCUCGCUGCUUGGUGUUUGCUGUGAGCUUGCGAAGAUUGAUGACAUCCCCGAUGUGGUAGAAGUUCUCACUCGUCUGCAGUGUUGUUUACAAGACAUACAAGCUCAUCUGGCCACUCCCCCUCAAUCAUCCGAUAAAAAGAAGGAAAAGACACAUAUUGAUACUAACAUGGUGGAAUGGAUUCACGCCGAAAUUGAUCGUUUCGGAGACCAAGUGCCACCACUUCGGCAGUUCAUUCUCUCUGGUGGAGGUACUACAGCAGCACACCUGCAAUUUGCCCGUGCCGUUUGUCGUCGAGCUGAACGCAGCGUUGUGCCUCUUGUGAGGGCAGAACACGCUGAUCCGCAGGCCAUGAAAUUUUUGAACAGGUUACUUUUUCUUUUCAUGUUUUCCCGUUCUCGGACAUUUCCGUACCUUCUAGAUUGUUGUUAUUGGCUUCUUCUUUGA